CUGUAAGCGGUGAUGAUCAGAGAAGGUGGAUGAACUGGGGAAGGCGCAGACUUCCUGGAUAUCCGAGCGAAUUGAGAACAAAUUUUGUUUUGCUCGUCCUCUGCGGCACAGCAGGUAGCGUCAGACAAAAUGUCCCUCCGCUACAACAACAAAGUUGUAAUUGUCACUGGCGGGUCCAAAGGGAUUGGCAGAGGGAUUGUCAGAGUGUUUGUGGAGAAUGGUGCCAAAGUGACGUUUUGUGCAAGAGGUGGAGCUGCAGGUGAGGCUCUGGAGGCUGAGCUCAACAAAGCAGGCCCAGGCUCAUGCAAAUUUGUCCCAUGUGACGUCUCCAAAGAGGAUGAUAUCAAGAGACUGAUUGCCUUCACUGUGGAACAUUAUGGACACAUUGACUGCCUGGUCAACAAUGCAGGGUGGCACCCACCUCAUAAACCUACUGAUGACACCACAGCAGAGGAGUUUAGGGACCUGCUGAAUCUGAACCUCAUCAGCUACUUCGUGGCUUCUAAGUAUGCGUUGCCGCACCUCCGCCAGCGUCAGGGAAACAUCAUUAAUGUCUCCAGUCUGGUGGCCACCAUCGGUCAGAAAGACGCCGCACCGUAUGUCGCCACCAAGGGGGCGAUAAUUUCCAUGACGAAGGCCAUGGCUGUGGAUGAGAGUCGCUACAAUGUGAGAGUCAACUGCAUCUCUCCAGGUAAUGUGCUGACACCUCUGUGGGAAGAAUUAGCAGGACAGACUCCAGACGCUGCGGCAGCCAUUAAGGUGGGAGAAAACUGCCAGCUGCUGGGCCGGAUGGGGACUGAGCUCGAGUGUGGACUGGCUGCCUUGUAUCUCGCUGCUGAUGCGACCUUCUGCACCGGGAUAGACCUGCUGUUCAGCGGUGGAGCUGAACUCAACUACGGCUUCAAGAGUCAGGUCCCAUCCUGACCUUCUGCCAAACGUCCUCCUGGUUUUGGAACAUUCAUUUGUUCAGUUGCAGAUGAUACAUAUGUUCAGCUUUUACUUUCUUAAAUCAAUACUACAUGAAUAUAAAUAUGAUUUUUUUAUUCAAUAAAAAUUUUUACUGAC